AGUAAAAAAUGAAGUUAGCAAUCAUGAAGUAAAAUGUUGGUACCUCAGAGGCCUUCUGGUCAAAUACAGAGAAAAAGUAAAGCAAUAUUAUCCUGAAACCUAUGAGGAAACAAAAAACCAGGCAAUCAAAAUUAAGAAACAUAAAAAAAGUAACGAAUUCGACUUGAAGAAGGCCAACGUUAUAGGAGAAGAAUCAACUUACCAGAUAGAUUCCAACGUUGAUAAUUUGGCUAGUACCUUUUCUGAAUUAAAGAUUUGUCAAGUUAGUCAGGCCAGUCAAGAUGAAAAGGGCACUAAAAGAAUUGAUAAGUUAGAAUACACUAUUAAUGAACUUAUCAAACUUAUUAAGAACAUAGCCAACAAUAAAAGUCAAUCCAAUCCCAACCAACAAAACUGGCCUAGCCAAAAUCAACCAUGA